AUGUGCAAUUUCCCUUCUAGAAGCCACAUCUGUUUUGGGAUGAAAUCUCCGGAGGAGAUGCGUCAGCAAGCUCACAUUCAAGUGGUCAGCAAAAACUUGUACAGUCAGGACAACCACCACUCUCCGCUGCAGUACGGAGUGCUCGACCAUCGCAUGGGAACCAGUGAAAAAGACCGUCCCUGUGAAACCUGUGGAAAAAAUCUAGCGGAUUGUUUAGGACAUUAUGGCUACAUUGACCUAGAGCUGCCCUGUUUUCACGUUGGAUACUUCAAAGCUGUGAUAGGCAUCUUACAGAUGAUCUGCAAAACCUGUUGCCGUAUCUUGCUGUCAGUGGAAGAAAAAAAACAAUUUUUGGAUUACCUGAAGCGACCUGGCCUUACCUAUCUUCAGAAGAGAGGGCUGAAAAAGAAAGUGUCUGAAAAGUGCCGAAAGAAAAACACUUGCCCUUACUGUGGUGCCUUUAAUGGAACUGUGAAGAAGUGUGGUUUGUUGAAAAUAAUACAUGAAAAGUACAAAACCAAUAAGAAAGUGGUAGAUCCGAUAGUAUCUACUUUCCUCCAGUCCUUUGAAACCGCCAUAGAACAUAACAAAGAAGUAGAACCCUUACUGGGAAGAGCGCAGGAAAACUUAAACCCUUUGGUAGUGUUGAACCUCUUCAAAAGAAUCCCAGCGGAAGAUAUCCCUCUGCUUCUAAUGAACCCAGAAGCAGGUAAACCUUCAGAUUUGAUUCUCACGCGGCUCUUAGUGCCUCCACUGUGCAUCAGACCCUCUGUGGUGAGUGACUUGAAGUCUGGCACCAACGAAGACGAUUUAACGAUGAAGCUGACGGAGAUAAUUUUCCUCAACGAUGUAAUAAAAAAGCAUAGGAUAUCAGGAGCCAAAACACAGAUGAUUAUGGAGGACUGGGACUUUCUUCAGCUGCAGUGUGCCCUGUACAUUAACAGUGAGCUCUCGGGAAUUCCUCUCAACAUGGCACCUAAAAAGUGGACCAGAGGUUUUGUUCAGAGACUGAAGGGAAAGCAAGGUCGGUUUAGAGGCAAUCUGUCUGGAAAGCGAGUGGAUUUCUCUGGCAGAACAGUCAUUUCACCUGAUCCCAACUUAAGAAUAGAUGAAGUAGCAGUGCCUAUUCAUGUUGCUAAAAUACUAACUUUUCCCGAGAAGGUGAACAAAGCAAAUAUUAAUUUCAUGAGGAAACUUGUCCGUAAUGGCCCUGAUCUUCAUCCCGGAGCCAACUUCAUACAGCAAAGGCACACACAGAUGAAAAGGUUUUUGAAAUAUGGAAACCGAGAAAAGAUGGCCCAGGAGCUGAAGUUUGGUGAUACCGUGGAGCGACAUCUUAUAGAUGGUGACAUAGUUCUGUUCAAUCGACAGCCCUCUCUUCAUAAGCUGAGCAUCAUGGCUCACAUUGCUAGAGUAAAACCUCACAGGACAUUCAGAUUUAAUGAAUGUGUCUGUACACCAUACAACGCAGACUUUGAUGGAGAUGAGAUGAACCUUCACCUUCCUCAGACAGAAGAAGCAAAAGCAGAAGCGCUUGUUUUAAUGGGGACUAAAGCGAACUUGGUAACACCAAGAAAUGGAGAACCUCUUAUCGCUGCUAUUCAAGAUUUCCUCACAGGUGCCUAUCUUCUUACCUUAAAAGAUACCUUUUUUGAUCGAGCCAAAGCCUGUCAAAUUAUUGCUUCUAUCCUGGUUGGCAAAGAUGAAAAGAUUAAAGUUCGUCUUCCACCUCCAGCAAUUCUGAAGCCUGUAGCACUCUGGACAGGCAAACAGGUUUUCAGCCUGAUUCUCAAACCCAGUGAUGAUUGUCCUGUAAAAGCCAAUCUGCGAACCAAGGGCAAACAGUAUUGUGGCAAAGGGGAAGACCUGUGUUACAAUGAUUCUUAUGUCACAAUUCAAAACAGCGAGUUAAUGAGUGGCAGUAUGGACAAAGGAACCUUAGGUUCAGGCUCCAAGAACAACAUCUUCUACAUCUUGCUGAGAGACUGGGGACAGGUAGAAGCUGCGGAUGCCAUGUCACGACUAGCCAGACUUGCUCCUGUCUACCUCUGUAAUCGUGGCUUUUCAAUUGGAAUUGGUGAUGUAACCCCUGGGCAGGGCCUCCUAAAAGCUAAGUAUGAGCUCCUGAAUGCUGGCUAUAAGAAAUGUGAUGAGUAUAUUGAAGCUCUGAACACUGGCAAGCUACAGCAGCAGCCUGGUUGUACUGCAGAAGAGACACUAGAGGCUUUAAUCUUGAAAGAGCUCUCUGUUAUCAGAGAUCACGCUGGCAGUGCCUGUCUCAGAGAACUGGACAAGAGCAACAGUCCCCUGAUCAUGGCGCUCUGUGGUUCUAAAGGCUCCUUCAUUAAUAUAUCCCAGAUGAUUGCUUGUGUAGGUCAGCAGGCUAUCAGCGGCUCCCGAGUUCCUGACGGAUUUGAGAACAGAUCCUUGCCUCACUUUGAGAAGCAUUCUAAGCUCCCAGCAGCAAAAGGCUUUGUGGCUAAUAGCUUCUAUUCUGGGUUGACUCCCACUGAAUUUUUUUUUCACACCAUGGCUGGUCGCGAAGGUCUGGUUGACACAGCUGUAAAAACAGCCGAAACUGGAUAUAUGCAGAGGCGGCUGGUCAAAUCACUUGAAGAUCUUUGCUCACAGUAUGAUUUGACAGUCAGAAGUUCUACGGGUGAUAUUAUACAGUUUAUUUAUGGAGGAGACGGCUUGGAUCCUGCAGCCAUGGAAGGGAAGGAUGAGCCGCUGGAAUUCAAGCGAGUUCUAGACAAUAUCAGAGCUGUAUAUCCAUGCCGAAGUGAACCAGCCCUUAGUAAAAAUGAAUUGGUGUUGACAUCUGAGUCCAUCAUGAAGAAGAAUGAAUUUCUUUGCUGCCGAGACAGUUUUCUGCAGGAAAUUAAAAAAUUCAUCAAAGGUGUUUCUGAGAAGAUAAAAAAAACUAGGGACAAGUAUGGCAUUAAUGACAAUGGCACAACAGAGCCACGAGUUUUAUACCAGUUGGAUAGGAUUACUCCAACACAACUCGAGAAGUUUCUAGAGACUUGCAGGGACAAAUACAUGAGGGCACAGAUGGAGCCUGGUUCUGCAGUAGGAGCUCUUUGCGCACAGAGUAUUGGUGAGCCUGGCACUCAGAUGACUCUGAAGACUUUCCAUUUUGCUGGCGUUGCUUCAAUGAACAUUACUUUGGGCGUGCCGAGAAUCAAAGAAAUCAUUAAUGCUUCAAAGGCUAUUAGCACCCCUAUUAUAACAGCACAGUUGGACAAAGAUGACGAUCCUGAUUUUGCCCGUCUGGUUAAAGGAAGAAUCGAGAAAACUUUAUUAGGAGAGAUUUCAGAAUAUAUUGAGGAAGUGUUUCUUCCAGAUGAUUGUUUCAUCCUAGUGAAGCUGUCCUUAGAGCGCAUUAGGCUACUGAGACUAGAGGUGAAUGCGGAGACUGUGCGCUACUCGAUUUGCAUAUCGAAACUCAGAGUAAAGCCUGGGGAUGUUGCUGUCCACGGAGAAGCGGUUGUAUGCGUGACCCCUCGUGAAAAUAGCAAGAGUUCCAUGUAUUAUGUAUUGCAGUCCCUGAAGGAAGAACUGCCAAAGGUGGUAGUGCAAGGUAUACCAGAGGUUUCUCGAGCUGUCAUUCAUAUUGAUGAACAAAGUGGAAAGGAGAAAUAUAAACUUCUAGUUGAAGGUGAUAAUCUGCGAGCUGUUAUGGCUACUCAUGGAGUGAAAGGAACAAAAACGUCCUCUAACAACACUUACGAGGUAGAGAAGACACUAGGAAUUGAAGCUGCUCGGACGACCAUUAUCAAUGAGAUUCAGUAUACAAUGGUGAACCAUGGGAUGAGCAUUGACAGGAGACAUGUGAUGUUGCUGUCUGAUCUAAUGACUUACAAGGGUGAAGUGCUGGGCAUUACUAGGUUUGGACUGGCAAAAAUGAAGGAAAGUGUGUUAAUGCUGGCUUCUUUUGAAAAGACUGCUGACCAUCUCUUUGAUGCUGCCUACUUUGGACAGAAGGAUUCUGUUUGUGGUGUUUCUGAGUGCAUCAUCAUGGGAAUCCCGAUGAAUAUUGGAACGGGACUUUUUAAACUGUUACACAAAGCAGACAAAGAAUCAGCCCCUCCUAGGAGGCCUCUGAUAUUUGAUAAUAAUGAAUUUCAUAUUCCCAUUGUUACGUAGCACUUGGACAUUAUACAAG